UCCUGUCCACAUAUUGGAUGUCACAUUAGAUGACCUAACUCCUCCCCACCCUGUCCAAUUAUGUAUUUCCAGGUUUAUUUGCAUGUGGUUUCUGCUUUAAAAGGCAGCACACAUGCCCCCAACAUAACUUUGCUUUUGGUUGAACCAGGUGGCACUGACUUCUUCCUCUUCCUUUCUCUCUUUCCAGCCAUGAGUGAACACUUGAGAAGGAGCCACGGGUCCUCGGCCCCAGAGCUGAGACUUGUUCUAUUGGGAAACAUUGGAUGUGGAAAGACGUCUUCAGCAGACACUAUCCUGGGACAUCUGUCCCCCAUCUCUAUUGGUGCUUCCCGGAGCUGCCAGCUGCGACAGGGCAUCUCUGAGGGCAGGAGCGUGACUGUGGUGGAGGCGCCGACAUGGUACUGGAGCGGCGACGAAAUGGAGGACAGUGUCAGGGAGGAGACGAAGAGAGCGAUGACGCUGGUAGAACCAGGCCCGCAUGCUAUUUUGCUGCUGGUUCCUGUUAACCAAUUCACAGAGAUGGAGGGUCACGUGCCUGCAGAGCUGAAGGAGCUGUUUGGGAAGGAGGUGCUGGAUCACACCCUGGUCCUGCUGACCUGUGGGGACUACUUGAUGGGAAAAUCAGUUGAGGAAUACCUGCAGGAAGAACACCCAGGCCUGAGGCAGAUAAUUGAGGACUGUGGGGGGAGGUACCAUGUCAUCAAUAAUCGUAGGCGACUGGAAAGGGAGCAGGUCUGCGAGCUGCUGGAGAAGGUGGAACAUAUGGGGAUGAAAAAUGGGCUAUACUAUAUGAAAACAGCCCAGGAGAGAGAGCUGGAGAAACGAGUGAAAGACAGAAAGACUGAUCUUAUGGAAAGUUACAAAGCUCAAAAGGAGGAGAGAAAAGAGACUGCCGCUUCAACGCACAGCCCAUACACAGAAACACUGAGAAGUAUCUAUGGAAGAGAGGAGAACAGCACCACCACGGAGAGGGGUUGGAGAGAAGAGAGGGAUGAGAUGGAAGGAAGUGUGGGUGUGAGACAAAGAUCUAAUGGGCUUCAUUCAACUCCAGCACCAAAGCAACAGUCUUAUACAGAGCCGCAUGAUGACAGACAGAAGAGGACGCCCAGUUUCAGACUAAAUGCAGAUGGAGCUAUACUCUCACAAGCGUCUGAGGUUAAAUCAACUCCGAAAGUGGUCACUACUUUUCACCAGAGGAUAAACAGCUUUGAAGAGAGAUCCCCUGAGGCGUCUCCGACCAUUUCUCCUUAUUCGCCCACCUUAUUGUCUUCCCCCUCCUCACCAACCUUCACCGCCUCUCCUUCCUCAUUCCCCUCAUCCUCCGCUCCUUCCUCAUUCCCCUCAUCUUCCGCUCCUUCCUCAUUCCCCUCAUCCUCCUCUCCUUCUUCAUUCCCCUCAUCCUCCGCUCCUUCCUCAUUCCCCUCAUCCUCCUCUCCUUCCUCAUUCCCCUCAUCUUCUUCAUCCUCUUCGGAGCUGCGCCUGGUGCUGCUCGGGCGAUCUGGAUCCGGGAAGAGUGCAGCUGGCAACAAAAUACUGGGGCGGGAGGAGUUUGAGUCACGUCCGGACAGCCUCACAGCGAUCACUCAAGAGUGUGAGAAAAAGAAAGCCCUGGUUGAAGGAAAACAGGUGGCAGUGGUGGAUACUCCAGACUGGUUUAAUUCAGAGCGCAAUCCAGAUGAGGUGCGAGCUCAGAUCUCCUCCUGUACUGCUUUAUCAAGUCCCGGUCCACACGCCUUCCUCCUGUGUGUCCCCUUAGACCAGCCUGCAAAGACCGAACUGAAGGCCAUCGAGGCCCUCAAGGCUGUUUUCGGCCCAGAGGCGGUCCAGACACACACUCUGCUCCUCUUUACUUACGCAGAUAAACUGAGGGAGAGUGGGAAGAUGGGAAAUGACAGCAUUGAGGCAUACAUCGCUGGUCAGCGGAGCGAUUUGUUAACACUUGUGGAGAAAUGCGGGGACAGGUUUCAUGUGAUGGAAAUGGGAGGAGGUGGGAGGGACAGGAGGAAUGUGGCAGAGCUGCUGGAGAAGGUGGAGCAGACGGUGCAGGAAAGUGGAGGACAGUGCUAUUCCCACCCUGCUUUUCAGGAGGCGGAGAACAGAGUGAGGCAGAGACAGGUGGAGAUCGCAAGGGAGCGAAGGAGGGGGAAACUAGAGCAGGAAAGACUGCGAGACGCUGGUCAGCUCAGCCCUGAAGGGCGGGUACUUUAUUCCUACAUGCAGCCAGUGGCUGAGGCAGAAGAGGAAGUAAGGGAGGAUGAGAUUGAGAAAACAAGGGAUGAGGCAGAGAUGAGUGUAGGCACAAUGAAUAUUGAGAGCCUUCCUCCUAUUACGCAUUCCACCUUGUCCCCUUCACUUCUCCACUCCAUUAUGGAGAAAAUGGGGUCUGGUGCACAUAUGAUACCCAAACUGUUGGCUGAUGGCUCUGUGUGGUUCGGUGAGGGAGCAAAGAAGGUGAAAGGCAGUCCAGUGUGGGGGAGAGUAGGCGGCCAAGCACAAAAUGUCCAGAAGAUGAUGGUUGAUAGUUCUGUGUGGGGGAAGAUGGGAAGUAGUGCUGGACAUGUGUCCAAACUUGUAGGAGAUAGAGUUCCCAAGGUAGUGGUGGAUGGUUCUGCCUGGGUGGGAUCUGGAGCAAAAUCAGCCGCAGCUAGUCCAAUGUGGGGAAAAUUUGGUACAGGGGCCAAAGAAAUGGCUCAGAGUAAGAUGUGGGGAAAAUUUGGUACAGGGGCCAAAAGCGGAGCUAAACUGAUGGCUGAAAGCUCUGUGCGAGUUGGAGCUGGAAUUGGUGCCGGUGCAAAGAAGGUGGCUCAGAGUCCAGUGUGGGGGAAGGUGGGCUCUGGGGCCAAAGCAGGCGUCAAAAUGGUGGCGGAAAGCUCAGUAUGGGAGAAAAUUGGGGCUACUGCCAAACAGGUGCCCAAGGUAGUCAUAGCGGGCGCAUUGCUGGGUCUGGUGCUCGGUGUGUUUUUGGGGGGUGUGAUUGGCGGAGCUGUCGGGGCAGCUGCUGGAUCUGCGGUAACCGAGGUGGGCAGACGAAAAUUCGGCAACAAAAACACAGAUGAAGCUGCAAAAAAUGUGGAGAGAACAGUGAACGACGGCAUAGACUCUUUGGUAAAACAAGGAGAGAAAGUAUUGAAAAGUGGCACUGACUUCUUCCUCUUCCUUUCUCUCUUUCCAGCCAUGAGUGAACACUUGAGAAGGAGCCACGGGUCCUCGGCCCCAGAGCUGAGACUUGUUCUAUUGGGAAACAUUGGAUGUGGAAAGACGUCUUCAACAGACACUAUCCUGGGACAUCUGUCCCCCAUCUCUAUUGGUGCUUCCCAGAGCUGCCAGCUGCGACAGGGCAUCUCUGAGGGUAGGAGCGUGACUGUGGUGGAGGCGCCGAGAUGGUACUGGAGCGGUGGCGAGAUGGAGGACAGUGUCAGGGAGGAGACGAAGAGAGCGAUGACGCUGGUAGAACCAGGCCCGCAUGCUAUUUUGCUGCUGGUUCCUGUUAACCAAUUCACAGAGAUGGAGGGUCACGUGCCUGCAGAGCUGAAGGAGCUGUUUGGGAAGGAGGUGCUGGAUCACACCCUGGUCCUGCUGACCUGUGGGGACUACUUGAUGGGACAAUCAGUUGAGGAAUACCUGCAGGAAGAACACCCAGGCCUGAGGCAGAUAAUUGAGGACUGUGGGGGGAGGUACCAUGUCAUCAAUAAUCGUAGGCGACUGGAAAGGGAGCAGGUCUGCGAGCUGCUGGAGAAGGUGGAACAUAUGGGGAUGAAAAAUGGGCUAUACUAUAUGAAAACAGCCCAGGAGAGAGAGCUGGAGAAACGAGUGAAAGACAGAAAGACUGAUCUUAUGGAAAGUUACAAAGCUCAAAAGGAGGAGAGAAAAGAGACUGCCGCUUCAACGCACAGCCCAUACACAGAAACACUGAGAAGUAUCUAUGGAAGAGAGGAGAACAGCACCACCACGGAGAGGGGUUGGAGAGAAGAGAGGGAUGAGAUGGAAGGAAGUGUGGGUGUGAGACAAAGAUCUAAUGGGCUUCAUUCAACUCCAGCACCAAAGCAACAGUCUUAUACAGAGCCACUACAUGCAGAUGGAGCUAUACUCUCACAAGCGUCUGAGUUCACCAGGAGGAUAAACAGCUUUGAAGAGAGAUCCCCUGAGGCGUCUCCGACCAUUUCUCCUUAUUCGCCCACCUUAUUGUCUUCCCCCUCCUCACCAACCUUCACCGCCUCUCCUUCCUCAUUCCUCUCAUCCUCCGCUCCUUCCUCAUUCCCCUCAUCCUCCGCUCCUUCCUCAUUCCCCUCAUCCUCCGCUCCUUCCUCCUUCCUCAUUCCCCUCAUCCUCCGCUCCUUCCUCAUUCCCCUCAUCCUCCUCUCCUUCCUCAUUCCCCUCAUCCUCCGCUCCUUCCUCAUUCCCCUCAUCCUCCUCUCCUUCUUCAUUCCCCUCAUCCUUGGGGCUACUGCCAAACAGGUGCCCAAGGUAAUCAUAGCGGGCGCAUUGCUGGGUCUGGUGCUCGGUGUGUUUUUGUGGGGUGUGAUUGGCGGAGCUGUCGGGGCAGCUGCUGGAUCUGUGGUAACCAAGGUGGGCAGACGAAAAUUCGGCAACAAAAACACAGAUGAAGGAGCAAAGAAGGUGAAAGGCAGUCCAGUGUGGGGGAGAGUAGGCGGCCAAGCACAAAUUGUCCAGAAGAUGAUGGUUGUUAGUUCUGUGUGGGGGAAGAUGGGAAGUAGUGCUGGACAUGUGUCCAAACUUGUAGGAGAUAGAGUUCCCAAGGUAGUGGUGGAUGGUUCUGCCUGGGUGGGAUCUGGAGCAAAAUCAGCCGCAGCUAGUCCAAUGUGGGGAAAAUUUGGUACAGGGGCCAAAGAAAUGGCUCAGAGUAAGAUGUGGGGAAAAUUUGGUACAGGGGCCAAAAGCGGAGCUAAACUGAUGGCUGAAAGCUCUGUGCGAGUUGGAGCUGGAAUUGGUGCCGGUGCAAAGAAGGUGGCUCAGAGUCCAGUGUGGGGGAAAGUGGGCUCUGGGGCCAAAGCAGGCGUCAAAGUGGUGGCGGAGAGCUCAGUAUGGGAGAAAAUUGGGGCUACUGCCAAACAGGUGCCCAAGGUAGUCACAGCGGGCGCAUUGCUGGGUCUGGUGCUCGGUGUGUUUUUGGGGGGUGUGAUUGGCGGAGCUGUCGGGGCAGCUGCUGGAUCUGCGGUAACCGAGGUGGGCAGACGAAAAUUCGGCUACAAAAACACAGAUGAAGCUGCAAAAAAUGUGGAGAGAACAGUGAACGACGGCAUAGACUCUUUGGUAAAACAAGGAGAGAAAGUAUUGAAAACUGAAUGA